GCUACUAUGAGCUGUAUCACUUUUUGCGCCAACGGAACCGUACUGAUGCAUCGAGCAUUGGCAAAGAUUUCUUCAGAAUCUGGGAAAAUCUGGAAAACGUUCACGACAAAUCGGUAGAAAUCUUUUUCUAUGCAAUGCGACGCACCUACAUGCGACUGGCUGAUGUCGUGUUUGAGAGUAGCUUCUACAACGAUUACUGCCACACCACGUACACGUACUCAGUGCCCUCAAAAUAUCAAUCAGUCAGCACUGUGAUCAGCGAUUGCACGACUCGGGAGAAGACUCGCUGGAUGGCAAUCUCCACUGCUAUCAAGGAUGAGGUCACUCUGCUGCAGUCCAUCUCGGAAGAACUGGCAAUGAACAUUGCCCGUUGUGCGACCUACAAGGACUUUAUCACGUCCAGUCCCGACUACAACCAGGCUGAAGCAUGUUUGAAAACGAACUUGGAGGACAUGCGCGAGCUCAGUUUCCAGCUGAAGAUUCAUUUCACGAACAUUGUGAACCUGGUCAAGGCCCAGGUCGCACCGAGCAAGUAUCGGCUGGAGAACUGCUUCGUGACCAAGCUGCACGAGGCGACGGCCCUGCUCAAGAGCACCCGGGAAUCGAUGAACGAGUGCAGCGGCCGGUUCGAUUCGCACCCCCGGAUGGGCUACGAAGAUGACGCUAGCGAUUGGUACAACCGCCACCUGGGAGAGGUUUGUGAGGGAUCGGACGCGGACUCCGAAAGUGUCAGCAACGAGGCCAUCGACAGUGCCGAGGCGUACGACAAGACAGGCUUCCCAGAAGAUAUCGACAGGAAGCCCAAGAUCGACACCUUGGUGUGCAAGAAACGGUGGAUCCGGUGGACACGAGUGAAAAGACCGGUAAUGGGUCGGAUAGUUCCGAAAAAGAUGGCGGAAAAGACAAAAACGACAAAAAAGGACAGGACAGUGGGGAAGGUGAUAGCGGAGAACUAGACAGUUCGGAGAAAAAGGACAAGAUCAAGAAGGAUAAGAACAAGAAGGACAAGAAAGACAAAAACAAUAAAAAUGAUAAGAACAAAAAUGACUCAAACAAGAAUGAAAGCGAAGAGCUAGACAGCGAAGAGAAAGGAGGCGGUGAGCAAAAUAGUGAA